UCGUACCAGGCGAAGGGAGGCGCUUCCUCUACAGUGACAGCAAAGUUAAAUGAGGCAUGAUUUGAAACAACCAUCUGAAGAAAGAAUCACAGUUUUUAAUGGGAACAUGUGCACUGAGCAAGGUUGGUGCCUGAUGCCAGAGGGAGCGACAUCUUGAGGAGUAAUUGCACUGCAACGUCAUCAUGAAACGACGACGCAAUGUCAAAAACGUUUCAAAAAAGAAGAAAACUACAGGAGGAUCAAGAGGAGAAGGAACAGGAGGAGAAGGAACAGUGUCUCCUCACAUGGACACUCCUGUUGGUGCUGGGCAACAACACUCCUUCCAAGAUCCUGAAGAAAUGGAGCACAGUAUGAGCUCGCCUGAUGUCACAUUUGCACACCCAAAGACACACCUGGAGAAGUUAUUGGAAGAUCUGGGGUUGGACCAUUAUUACAGAGACAAACUAACACUCAAAAGAAUGCUUCAGAUUGAUGAGAAAACCAUCACUGAUGAACAACCUGCCAUGUCCAAAACAGACCUUGCGUGGUAUUUUCUAAAGAAAUUGGUGAUGGUUAAUGUGUCAGCAAGGAAUGUAAAUUGUACAUUUGCAAGUGAGUCAAACUGUGAUGCGGCAUCUGAGGUUACACAGUUUGAUUUUGAUGAUAAUGCUAUUUUUGAUGAGCAAAGUUCAAACAUGCUAAACCCCCUUGACUUAAUCACUGCUCUCUUUCUAUGCUCUGAUGGUUUUGUGCAGCAGGAAAUGACUCUCAAGAUGUCUAUGUGUCAAUUCUCUGUGCCUCUGCUGCUUCCUAAUAGUGACACACAGCAGUGUACACUUAUGCUGUGGGCCAUGAGAGACGUUGUUAAGAAGUACAGGCCUCAGUCUCUCUUAGACUCCAAGGGCUUCAUUGAAGAGAGAAUUGUUCUUUCUGAGCUUCCCAUGGUUUCUUUUGUGAGACUGGGUGAGUGCACCUUGUCUAAGUCUGAGAUCCUCAACAAGCUCCUGAGCAAUUCUCACCAAUACCACGACACUUUUGUUCACCACAACAUGGAGGGUGGAGACAGUCCAAGAAGAAUAUCCAAUGGACUGACUGAAAUUACUUGGUAUCUUCCUGGUGGAAACAAGAACAUGGACAUUUUCAGUGAACCUGUGGCUGUUGCUAACCUCCGUGGGGACAUUGCUUCAUUUGAAACCCAAUAUUCAUUUCUGUGUCACACAUCUGCAGCAGUUUUUGUCUUCUUUGACAAUUUAGACUCUGGGUGCAAUCUGCUGAUGAACCGAACUGGCAAGGCACAGAUCUUCUUGGUGGGUAACCACAAGGGCAACAACUUCAGUCAAGAUGAUGUAAAAAAGGUAAAAAAUGAGUUGGGCUUGACUAACAACAACAUCAUUAUUAAGACAAAACAGAAAAAUGAUGCAGAUUUUGUCAAAAGUUUGAGGAAGGCAGUCAGUGAUGUAGUUGAGAACUCACAAGUGAAGAUGCGAAUAGAGCAGAUGGCUGACAUUGCCCAUGAACUUGGGAUUUUGGUCGAUGAAGAUGCUUCAGAGUGCAAGAAUGGAAAGAAAAAUGCAGAUGCCAUCACUGAAGAAAUCCAAGAUGCCCUCAAGUACAAAGAAGACCAGCUUCCCUUGCAAGGUGAAAUAUGGAAGGAGCUGACUCGCAUAGAGAAGGAAGAAUUCCGGCUUCAAAAUGUUGGAUCUAAAAACAUAGAGGAGUAUAAAAGUGAUCUUCAGGUGAAGAAAAGAGAACUGCGUCAAAAACAAAACUCUUAUGACAUGUCCACUGCUAUGACAUGCUUCAUCAAUGCAAUAUCAAGUUCUGGGACAGAGAGACGUUACUUUCUGAAAUGGAUGCGAAUGAACCUUGAUAACGUGUCUCGUGAAAAACUGUCUGGACUCAGGGAGCGGUACAAAGAAAAAUGCAAGAAUCCUGAAAACAAAGAGGAGAUCAAGAAAAUAGACAAACAGCUUUCUAACAGCUCACUGGGGACUGAACACUUCUUCCGUGAAAUGGGUCAGAUCUACGAGGCUUCACUUUCUCUUCCAAAGAGAAACCAAACACGUCAACAAUUACAGCAUUUACCCAAACUCUGUGCUGAACUGUUGCUUGAUGGAUUUCCCCUUGAGCUGGUAGAUGGAGAUGCAUCCAACAUACCUCUCAGAUGGGUGAGUGCUGUUCUCUCACAGCUCAAUGUCUUGGUGUCUUCAAAAAACAAGAUACAAGUUGUCACCGUUCUUGGAGUUCAGAGCACGGGAAAGUCCACUCUCCUUAAUACCAUGUUUGGAGUGCAGUUUGCAGUCAGCAGUGGUCGAUGCACUCGAGGUGCCUUCAUGUUGCUCAUCAGAAUCAAUGAAGAUGCUAAGAAACUUCUGAAAUGUGACUUCAUGGUGAUCAUUGACACUGAGGGCUUAAAGUCCCCAGAGCUGGCACAGCUGGACAACAGUUAUGAGCAUGACAAUGAGCUUGCAACACUUGUUGUAGGGUUGAGUGAUGUCACCAUUAUUAAUAUUGCAAUGGAGAAUUUAGUAGAAAUGAAGGACAUCCUCCAAAUAGUUGUGCAUGCUUUUCUCAGGAUGAAGGAGGUGGGUAAAAAGCCUAAAUGUCAGUUUGUUCACCAGAACGUGUCGGAUGUUUCCGCUCAUGAGAAGAACUUACGAGACAGGAAACUGCUCUUGCAACAGCUGAAUGAGAUGACCCAGGCAGCAGCAAAAAUGGAACGGAAAGAGGAGAACAAGAGCUUCACUGAUGUGAUGGAGUACUGUCCAGACACGGGGAACUGGUACAUUCCUGGACUCUGGAAUGGAAACCCACCAAUGGCGCCAGUCAAUGCAGGAUACAGUGAGGCUGUAUAUGAGCUCAAGAAGAACAUCAUCAAGCUACUGGGAGAUUGUCAGUCAUCUACCAAUAACAUUGAUGAGUUUGAGGAGUGGGUGAAGAGCUUGUGGAAUGCUGAAAACUUCAUCUUCAGCUUCAGAAACAGCCUGGUCGCUGACGCAUACAUGAAGCUCUGCACAGAAUACAACAAAUGGGAAUGGGAAUGUAAAAAGGAAAUGUAUACCUGGGUGACAAAUACAGAAACGAGAAUUUCCAAUUUCGGUACAGUUGCAGAUAACUCUCAGGUAUCCAACAUGAGCGAUUUUCUGACAAGUUUGAAAACUGAAGCCUCCACAGAGCUGUCUACAUGGGAGAAAAAGCUUCAAGACAAUCUGUCAGAGUACUUCAAGCAAACAGAACAUCACGUCCAUCUGGUUGAAGGAUACAAAGAGGAGUUCUCAAACAGUAUAAAGAGCCUUCGACGAGAAAUGGAGAGAUCUGUAGUUGAUCAGCUGACAGCAGCAGCUGACAUCAAAACUGGGAUGACAGAACUCGACAGGAUCAAGAAGAAUCAUAGGAAAGAAAUUGAAAAAGCAGUGCAUGCUUUAAUUGAUGAAUGUCGAAAGAGAAAAGUCCAGAUGACAGACAAACAGCUGGACAAAAGAUUUGAUGAGACGUGGAAGGAAACACUGGAGAAACUGUCUUUUAAUAAACUUAAGGCCACCGAUGUCUUCACUAGAGUAGUUCACUGCCUCAGAUCAAAUCUGUCACAUAGGGGAGGUCACGCAAGUGAAUUGUUGAGUCAGAAAAACCUGAGAGAGUGUGGACUGGAGCCUUUUAAAUAUACAGCUGAAGGAUACUACAACCAAUUUAAACAGACACUGAGAAAGUUGUUCAGUCUUAAAGAUCACAUCAAGGUUGUACAAAACAUGGCUGACAAGAUCAUAGAUGCCUGCACUCUGUCUGUGGAUGAAAAACUGAACAGAAAGACCAAUUACCAUGAUACUUACAUCCAAGAGAUCCUACACAUCAUCGAUGAGAGUCUGAAAAACAAUCCAGAUGUUCAGAUAGACAUGGAGUUUGAAGUCUCCCUAAAACAGCACAUCUGUGGAUCUGCAGCCAGAAAAUUCCAGAAGAUGCAAGAAGAUUUCAUACAAGUAAAUGACCCCUAUAGAUGCCUGAUGAAAAACAAGGCAAAAUAUUGUGCUGAUUUCAAAGAUGUGUUCCAAGAACGAGACCAGUGCCAGAAGAAGGCAGAAGAAUUCACGGACCAAUGCCUGAAGCCUGCAGUUGAGGUCUUUGUCAAUCGUUCUCUGGGUCCUAAUAUCAUCGAUGAAAUGCUGAAACAAGAGCAGUUCAGCACAAGGAUGUCUUUCCAGUAUUCACUUUUACUGGAUUUGCUUAAAAAUGACACGUUCAAAGAGUAUUUGAGCUACAAUGACUGUUAUGAAAGUUUUGUAAAGAAAAGAAUAGUUGAAAAAAUAGUAAAGUAUUUUUCAAGUUGCUCUGCAACACUUGAGUUUGAGGAGCGACAUCUUCAGUCAAGUAUCAGCAGCAUAAAUGGCGCCAUCAAAAAGGCCAAAACAGGAAAGAGUGGUGACAUGAAGACAUUUGUUGAAAGAAUCUGCAAAGAACUUGGAGAUAAACUGGUCAUUUCCCAGGAUGCUCUUGGUGCUUUCAUGAUCCUGAACAAUGCCAACUGCGAACAGUUUGCUGACUGGCUCAUAGUGUCUGUGACGGACAUGGCAGAAGCUCUUAGAGAAAAGUUUAAACAAUCAGAUAUCAAAACAAAACUACCACAUCUUCAUGUGCAGCCCCAGAAUGAACUCUUCACCAGAGUGAUUGGAUGUGGCAAACAGUGUCCAUUCUGUAAAACUCCUUGUGAGGCAGGAGGAAAAGACCAUACGAAGCAUUUUACUUCACUGCAUCGGCCACAGGGUCUGGGAACAUACAGGUGCAAUGAAUCAAAAAAACUUGUCACUGACAUAUGCUCAUCAUUGGUGACCAGUGAAACUCGUUUUAGCUGCAGUGAGACAAACAAAGAAUGGCACCCUUACAAGCGUUACCAUGAAAUCUUCCCAGACUGGGUUAUUCGUCCAGAUGUGAGCCUUCAGGCAUCAGACUACUGGAAAUAUGUGAUGACAAAGUACAACAAGGAGUUUGCUGAAGAAUAUGAAGCAGAGCCUGCUGAUAUUCCAUCCACCUGGAAUAAUGUCACAGCAGAAAAGGCAAAACAAAGUCUCAAAGAGUCAUUUAGAGUAAAGUGAUUCUAACCAGUGAACAUUUGUCCUCAUGUUUUUCUCUAUAAUAUAAAGGAACCUCCCAAAUAACUUCACUAUAGAUAAGGUUCAAGUCAGUUCACUCAGAUAUUUAACCACCAUGACUUUCAAUAGAGAAAUACCAGAGAUUUACUGAAGUUUGUUUCCAUUACCUGAGUUUGCAUUUCAGGAAAAGUUUCUUCAAGUGAUUUAAUGAUUCAUGUCAUUAUUCAAACAUGUAUGUAGCUGAUCAGAGCUGUUUCUUCUUUUCGUAAAACAAACCUUUCUUUUCAUUUUAUCUUUGUUUCUGUGCUGUAUCUAAUAUUAAAUAUUCACAUUUACUUUUCUCAAACCUCACUCAGUCUGCAAAUACCACAUGAGGAGAUUGUUGACAAGGAAUUUAAGUUGAUAUUAGACAAGUUGCUGUAUGUGCUAAAAGCACUGAGGAGAACUCUGUAUGGAAAACAAAGUAAAUAUGAUUGUGUGCAUGACUUGCAGCUGAGAAAAUCAGUACCUCAUUAGAAUCAUGAACAGCUAUAUAUGAUCACAUAUACCGUUAUAUGCAGUACGCUGCGAUGCUUUUGUUGUUCAUAAAAACAUCAUGGAAAUCUCUUUACCUCAUUUAUCAAACAGCUAACAUUUUUCUGCACUUUAAGUCAGGUGCUCUUGUUUGUUUGUUUUUUUUUGGAGUGUGUAUCAUUGUUUUUGUGCAUGUUUGACAUUAUGGAGCAUUAGUCAUGUGCUUGAAUGCACCAUCAACAUGACACAGGGGUUUUAAAACCUCAGUGAUGUGAAUGUAGUCUUAGUUUGUCUGGUAGCAGUGAUAUCUAGAGCCAGUGUGUGAACAACGAGGCUCAGUGUGUCUCCACUAUUUAACAAACAUGAUCAGAGUGUGACAGUGAAAUGAACCUCUUCUCUUUAGAGUUAAUGCUAAUCACUGUACACUGUAUAUUACAUGAGCUGCCUGUGUAAUUGUGUUCCUAAUAAAAUGCUUAGUGAGUGUAAA